ACAACCUCCGUUUGUGGGCAGAACUUUAAAAUAACAACACAGCAGUGCGCUUCAACACAAGAUUUCAGCUGAUUUCAGCAAUAGAUGAUGGAUAACUCACAGCAGUACAGUUAUAUGGGUACUCCGCCGCCUUCAUUCAAGAACCCCGCGGGUUUAGACGGCACAGUUUAUCCAGGACGAGUUGGACCUCCACCAAUACCGCCUCCACCCACCACUGGACACACAUGGAGCAUGUAUCAACCCCCACCACACACGGUACAGCCUCAGUGGCCCCCUUUCCCCCCCAUGAACCCCCGAGGACCUUAUCCACCCUUCGACCUCAACAGACCACCUCCAGGGCCUUUUGAUCCACCAAAACACACUGAGAAUCAGCCUCCAUCAUGGUCCCAGAACCAGUGGAAUAAUCCAGAGUCUCAUUUCACAGGACAGUUCCCACCAAAUCAACAUCAGUUUUCAAAUUCAGCACCACCGGCAUAUCAGUCCAACCUCAGAUCAAACAAUCCAGCACAGACUUACAACUCUAACUAUCCAUUUACUAACCAGUCUAUGAACAAACCCUGGCAAGGACAAAGUACAGAUCUCUCCAGAACAACAUCUGAUGAAGACUCCAAGCAGAGACUGAGAGAUGAGCGGUGGCUUCAACAGUUCCUGUUUCAAAGAAGAAAUAAAUCAUUUGAGUCAAAGCAAACUGAGUCCAAACCCUCCAUCUCUCAGUUUAGAGAGAAGCUGUAUGGGGCAGUUAAACUGGUGUCCGAGUUCAAAUUAGUGUGUCAGAUGCUGAAAGAUAAUUUAGAGAAUGAAAGUGUUUGGACUGAAACGCUCUCUAAAGCAACAGAAAUGAAAAACAGCAUAGAGGAGAGACUGGCAGCUCUGAAGGACCAAGACUGUGUCACCAGCAUCAAGAGGAAACUGCUGAUGAGAAACAAAAAACGAGCAAGAAUAAGAAGAAGAACGCUGGAACAUAAGGAGGAAAAGCUGGAAGAGGAGGCUAGAAGUGCUGAACGAGAGGCGGCGAUUGAUAAAUGGCAAAUGAAGCGGAUUCAUGAAGUGGAAGAGAAGAACAGGGAGAAAGAGUUGAAGCUGGCUGCAGAUGCUGUGCUCUCAGAGGUCAGAAAGAAACAAGCAGAUGCCAAGAGAAUGCUGGACAUACUCAAAUCACUGGAAAAACUGCGAAAACUUCGCAAAGAGGCUGCCGCCAGGAGAGGCAUGUUCCCAGGAAAGGAGAGUGAUGACAUAUUUGAAGGUCAUUUGGAGCGGUUGAGGAGUCUGAUCCGUAAACGCACAGGUGUCUAUGCUGCAGAGGAGAAAGCUCUGAGAGUCAUGCUGGAGGGAGAGCAAGAAGAGGAACGCAAAAGAGACUGGGAGAAACGACAGAAAAAAGAAAAAGAGAAGCUGCUGCAGAAGAAGCGAGAAGUGGAGUCCAUGCUUUUUGGAGAUGAAUUGCCGCCAGAUCACCCUCUUCAGCCUUUCCAAGAUUACUACACACAGGCAGAGCGCUCCCUUCCUGCGCUUAUUCAAAUAAGGAGAGAAUGGGAUCAGUACCUGGUUCCUGCUGAACACCCUGAUGGUACAGCAAUUCCUCAUGGCUGGGUUCUUCCCGACCAACCAGCUGAUGACAUCUGGGCCACAGCCCUGGAUAAAUAACACUUUUGACCCAACAGACUGUUACUUCCUUUGAGAAAACAACCAAUUGUUUGGGAAAAUAUGUGACCAGUCUAAAUGUUGCUUGUAUUUGGAAGCAAUUAUAAUUUGCGUAAAGACAUUUUUUAAGACCCCUUUUAAGAUUGUUCGAAAAAUUUUGUCUUGUGACAUUAUUUUCAUGACAGUUAAGCACAUUUCCCUCAAAUUCUUGUUACCAUUAGGUGUACAUAUGUGUUUUUUUUUUUUUUUUAUUGCCAUUAUUCUCAUGAUUCACAUUAUAUUCUCAGUAUUGUGAUAUUGUCAUUUUUACUGUAUUACAGUAAGAAACAUUCUGUAACACAAUGAAUCUUAUUUUAUUACAAUCAGCAUAGAUUGAAGCAACAACAUAUAUUUCCAUGAUAUAUAAAUACAUCAUCAAAACAAUAAUUAAUUAUACUUUUACAUCAUUUUGUGUUGCAUUACAGUAAUUAGAAUAAUUGGCGGUAUUCAUUUUCAUUAAAGGGAUAGUUCACCAAAAUGAAAAUUCUCAUCAUUUACUCACCCUCAUGCCAUCCCAGAUGUGUAUAACUUUCUUUCUUCUGCUGAACACAAAGAUUUUUAAAGGAAUAUUUCAGCUCUGCAGGUCCAUACAAUGCAUGUGAAUGUUGAUCAGACCGUUGUAGCUCCAAAAAUCACAUAAUGGAAAAAGUAAUCUAUACGACUCCAGUGGGUAUAUGAAUCCAUGUCUUCAGAAGUGAUAUGAUAGGUGUGGAUGAGAAACUGAUCAAUAUUUAAGUCCUUUUUACUAAAAAUAUCCAUUUUCACUUUCAAAAGUAAAUUAUGUGAGAAUUUUCAUUUUUGGGUGAACUAUCCCUUUAACAAGGUAAUAAAAAAUUUAGUUUGGGAAUAUAUGCUUAAUUGCCAUAAAAAAAUAUAAUUAUGUAAAAGAGUUUAAUGGUCCUUAAACAGGCUUAAUUUCCUUUAAUUCUCUAUAAGAAUUAUUAGUUUUUUAUUUUAUUUGGGGUGAAAAAUGACCCUGUUGGCAAGUUUCGUGGGCUUCCCCCAUUUAUUUGAAGGAUCUUCAGUCUAUAUGUUGAAAAAAAUUAAUAAUGCACACUGAUUUUAUUGCUCCAAAAAUGACUUUAUUGACUUAAAAAAAUCAAAGUUUCAACCAUAUGGUCUUUGUCAGGCAAACCCCAAUACAGAAGGAACCACAGUUAUAUUGAAACAGAUUAUGACAUCAUUAGAUUAUCUCAAUUAUCAAUUAUAUGGUCACAGGAAGUACCCCCCCCCCCACACUUGCAUACAAUAUGACAACAAUUAUUUAUUUAAAAAGUAGAAGGAUAUGAGCAUUCAACAAUAAUGAAAAAUGUAUUCAAAACUGUAAUAUUUAAAACCAUCAUUACAAAAAAUAACAUUGCAGAAAAUGUCAUUGCAAAAAAGUAUUUUUAUGAAAUCUAUCUACAGUAAAUGUCUAUAUGUAGUCCAUCUGUACAUGUCACAUGUUGACUUGUGUGAAAUAGACAAGAGAACCUUAACUGAUUACAUCACACUGUUUUCCUGUGAUCUGCUGAAACAGUUGAUUUGGUUGUGUUGUUUGCAAAUAAAAAC